CCCAAAAAACACAGCCGUUUCAGAAAAAAUAAUGGCCGCCGCCGUGCUCCGCUGCCCGCUGCUCGCCUCGCCACUUCCGGCCGCCGGCGCCGGCGCCGCCUCCUGCUCCGGAUACUCCCGCCCAUCGCGCUCCCUUCUCCGGCGGCGAAGGUGCCCGAGUCCUCUGCUCGCCGUCUCCUCCGACUCCUCCAAGCCCCUCGCCUCCUCCUCGACCGGCGGCGGCGCCGACCCCGACGAGGAGCCCGUCCUGCCCCUCCUCCAGGAGCUCGCGGAUUGCUUGGUGCUCCCGCCCAAAUUCCUCUCCCUGCUGCCCCGUGACCUCCGGCUCGAUCUCAAUGAUGCGGCAUUCGAUCUCUCCAACGGGCCUGUUCUUAACGAGUGUGGCCAAGAGGUCGGUGAUCUGCUGCUGGACCUGGCAAAAGCAUGGGAGAUGGCUAACACAGAAGCAUCAAAUAACCUUGCCAAGCAGCUGCCGUCGAUGGCGCCCUACUUGACUGCCAGCGCUAAAUCAGCAUUUGGCAAGCGGCUGGCAUCAGCUGGAAAGAAGUUUCAGACUAUGGGACAGUAUGGCAAUGGAGAGUUCAAGAAGAUUUCUGAGACAAUGAUCAAGAUCGGUAAGGCUCUGUCGAAACGCCCAGUGAUUCAAGCUGAAGUACAGGCCAUGAAAGAAAAAAGAAAGCUGAAGUUUGCAGGAGCUGAAUUCGAAUUGACAGCGCAAAAUGCGUACAUCGGUGCUGCAGUUGGACUGGUUUUCGGGUUUUUCUCCUGGCAGCUGGCCCAAGGCGUGCAAAGCAGUCCAGAUGACAGCCAGUUUUUCUUUUUCUUUCUGAUGCAGCCGCUCAAGGUCCCACUGCUGCUUCUCGGCUAUACUUCGACCGCCUUGUCCGCGGCCGCGGCAGUGGGGCUCGUGGUGCUGGCUCUGCAGAUGAACCCCGAGGACAAAUCGGACUAGCCGCACUUCGGUUUCUGAAAUUGUGGACCUCGUGUGGCGUCUAGCGGAAGACUGUGAUGGCACCCUGAGUUGAAUGAAGCCUCUCUUUUCCUCGAAAAUAAAAAGGAAACGGAAUGCGCGCUGAUGUGUGUACUGCGGAGCGUUAUGUACAUACAGAUAAUCAAGUGUUGUUUGUUCGUCUGAAAACAAGCCUGUGUUCUUCAAUCAAAUGAGAAAGCUGAAGCACCUUGGCCCUGACUA